AACCUCGAAUAAUUGAAAUUGACAAAGAAAGAAAGAUGCUUCAACGGCUCUUAAUACAGUUAGUAAUUUGAAAGUGUCUUGUAAAUAGGUAAAAAAUAUAUUGAAUCUUAUUGUGAUAAUUAAUUACGAGAAAUUUUAUUUUACGCAUACGGUAAUUAGUAAUGGAUAUGCUGGAAAUUCUUCAAGUGGGCUCUAGUAUCAACAUAAAACGGACAGAUGGGCGAGUACAUUCAGCUGUUGUCGCCGCUAUCAACAAUGAUUUGCGAUGUGCGACUGUGGAAUGGUUCGAACAAGGUGAAACUAAAGGAAAAGAAAUUGAUAUGGCCGCAAUAGAAUCUUUAAAUCCGGAAAUCGUCAUCCUUCGACAAGGAGAAAAACCUACUAAACAGGAUCGGACCAUCACACAGGCACAAUUCAAUAAAUUACAACGGGACCCGACAAGACAAUCUAUCGCCAGUGUCAAGCAAAAUAACGAUAUAAAAUCGGCUCAUCAAUCCCGGGCAACAAUGAUACCCAAUAACGGUCACACGUUGACAUCCGAACCCAAAGAAAGUAACAUACCUACGAGCAGGAUGUCCACCGCUCAAAAUUCAAAAAGAAGUAACGUAGUUAAGGAAGUAGAAAAAUUGAAGAAAAACCGAGAGGAAAGGCGGCAAAGACAAGCCGAGGAAAAAGCUGAAAAAGAAGCAUUCCUUCAAAUGGCUCCCGGUAAUCCGCAUUGGGAAUUGCUCAAUAUGAUACAGGAGUACCGUCGAGGUAUAGAUAUAAAACCGUUGACAGAAAACGACCCCAUAGAAGAUCAUCUAAUUACCGUAUGUGUAAGGAAACGACCGUUAAAUAGAAAAGAAAUAGCCAGAAAAGAAGUAGACGUCAUCACAAUACCCAGUAAGAAUCAAUUGAUUGUACACGAACCAAAAAAUAAAGUAGAUUUAACGAAAUACCUUGAAAAUCAAAUGUUUCGAUUCGAUUAUGCCUUUGAUGAAACGUGCUCAAACGAACUGGUCUACAGGUACACGGCGCAACCCUUGAUAAAAACCAUAUUCGAAGGGGGUUUCGCCACUUGUUUCGCGUACGGGCAAACGGGAUCCGGUAAAACUCACACGAUGGGCGGCGAUUUCGUCAGCGGCAAAAAUCAAAAUUGCGAUAGAGGAAUAUACGCGAUGGCGGCCGCCGACGUCUUUCAAUUGGUCAAUUCCCCCAAAUAUCGACAUCUAAAUCUCGUCGUAUCCGCCAGUUUCUUCGAAAUAUAUUCAGGUAAAGUUUUCGAUCUGUUGAACAACAAAGCGAAAUUGAGGAUAUUGGAAGACGGUAAACAGCAAGUUCAAGUUGUCGGACUCGAAGAAAAAGUCGUUUACAACGUACAAGAAGUACUCGGUUAUAUCCAGAAGGGUAAUCAAGCUCGUACAUCGGGACAGACCUUCGCCAACAACAAUUCCUCGCGAUCCCACGCCGUCUUUCAAAUUUACCUAAGGGCCAGCAGCAACAUGUCCAAGAUUCAUGGUAAAUUUUCCCUAAUCGAUCUGGCUGGUAACGAAAGGGGAGCGGAUACUUCGUCGGCCAAUAGACAGACCAGAAUGGAAGGUGCGGAAAUAAACAAAUCAUUAUUGGCGCUGAAGGAAUGCAUCAGGGCCUUGGGUCGCAAAGGCGCCCAUUUACCGUUUAGAGUUAGCAAACUUACACAGGUGCUGAGAGAUUCUUUUGUGGGAACGAGUUCGCGCACUUGUAUGAUAGCGAUGAUAUCGCCGGGGGUGAAUUCUUGCGAACACAGCUUAAACACUUUACGUUACGCGGAUCGAGUGAAAGAAUUGGUAGCCGAAGAUUUACAGACAAACAGCGAAACAGACGAAGAACAAGACAACAACGGAGACUUGCUACAAUUGAGAUCGUUGAACGAACAAGACAUGACACCAGAAAUGCUCGAUUUACACCAGUUUAUUUCGGAAUUGGAAAUAGCCGAGGAGCAAAUGUUGGAGAACCACAAGCAGGUGAUUGACGGUUUGCAAGUGGCUCUGGUGAAAGCGACGGAAUUGAGGAGGAUGGCGGACACGGUGGCGUACGAUCAAGAAGCUUAUUGCAACAGUUGGAAGGAAUUUAUUCGAAAUUGUAUUUCGUUUUUCGUUAGGGCCGAAGAGAUCGUAGACGAUUAUAAAGAUAAAUUGGUAGCGGAAGAACAGCUCAGUCGAAAAACUAACAAGAGAAUGUGAAAUAAUUUUUGGUUACGAUUAUAUCUGAAUAAUAUUAUAAAUUAACGUAACGUAACUCGCCCACCGCCACCACGGCGUUGCCACCUUUGAAAUUUCGAUCGAUUAAAAAGGGGCGGAAACGAUAAACGAGUUAUUGACGUCAUAGAUCUGCCUUUUACUUUGUUUCCAAAAUUGUUACAAUGUAGAUUUCGUUAAUUUAUUUAUUUAUUUUUAAAAAAUGAUCGGAUACGGUUUUAAUACGAAUUUUUAUCAAAGACAAAAAUAUUUUUAUAUCGGACGUGUAAUUACAAAUAAUUGUAUGUCUUUUCAUUUUAUAUCCUCCUCUUAAUUGGAGCUUUUUUUAUUAUUUUUUAGAUCAAUCCUCCGUGACAUAAACUAUCUUGAAAACAAACCGUUAAUCUUCUUCCAGGAGGUUUUUAAAGUCCCGCAGGUCCCUGCGAUAGGCACCGGCUUGUUGUCGAACGGUUUCAUUUCAGUGUAACAACUUGUGUUGUCAGUUUUUCAAAAAAAAAUCCAUUUUGUACCAAAUAUAUCCGUCGAAGGUACGACACUUACCGAAUACUUUUGUAAUAUCCAUUUGAAAUAAGAAAUUUCCGACAUAAUCUGGUACAUUGUGCGCGGCCUACAACCAGACCGUAACCUUUAUAAAAAAAGUGAAGACACGGUUUCUGGUUGGUGCAGCCGUCACUUCAAAUUAUUUAUAACCUCUGUGAUGUUUGAUUUUUGUUUCUUUUUCCUUAUUAAGUUACCUUAAAAGCCAUGCCAGAUGUAACCCGUGUCAUUUAUGGUUCACCAAAUUAAAUAUUGAAUAAUGUUGCACUAAUAUCUGGAUAUGUUAGUACCUUUCGUACCACCAAUGUGUUGUUUGUCUCUUCAGACCUCUUAUCACCGUCGUCGUCUUCUUUCUGAUGUUUUUGAAACUUGUAUUUAGAAAUCUUGUCUAACUUGUGUUUGAUCCAAGUUUCACACUGAUCUUCUUUUGGGAAUAAAGAAUCCUUAAUUCGUUGUAGCAGGUUUAGUCCCGGAUACCGUUCCUCUAUUCAGUGUCGUUUUUAGAUUGAUCAUCAUUACUGAGGGUCAACCUGGAUUAGCUUCGUUUGGUACUUGAGAUCUGACUGAUUCCUCAGCCAAAAAGAAUGUGUUUAGAAAGAUCUUUUUCAUCGCUCAUUUUCACGUUUUGUUUCCUAAUUAUCUAUAUUUUCGCAAAAAUUCGUUUCUAUCCAAAUCGGAUAUUUUAUCACACUUGAAGUUUUGCCCUUUUUUGCAAUAGCAAAUUUUUCAGUUCUUUCUCUUUUCUUUUAUCGCUAAACUUGUAUUUUGGACUAUUUUCAUUUUGUUGCUUCCAAUUUUCCAAUCCUUUGGGUUUAUAUUUACCCUAUUACGACUUUUCUUUUUUUCCAGUGACUAGCUCUGCUUGACCCUGAACUAUAGCAUCCCCUUCUUCAACUCUGGGAACAGGGUUUUAGUUAAGGUACACAUAAUUUUCUUCAACAUUUUCUCGAUUUUUGUCAACGUUAUUGUCUGGAUUUUUUACCAUAACUACAAAGCUACAAUAAAUAAAAAAUACAUAAAAAAAAAACAAAAAAAAAAGAAUUUUUGCAAAUACUCGGACGAUAUUUUGGUUUAAUUUAAAAAUAAUAUCGUGAAUUAUAUUUGUUUUUGAUAAUAUUUAUUUAAUAUACUAAUUGAUUAGCAAAGGGAUGAUGUAUUUGUUAACUAUAGAAAUUCGAUUUUCGGUAAUUAUCUAAAAAUCAUCCCUUUUCGACUUGGGGUUAAUUGAGUAUGGGAAGAUGUUGUAUGAAUAGUGUUGUUAAGUAGAACAUAACCCAACUUAAAAACAAUGACCGAUGGUCAAUUCCACCUUCCAUAUAUUGUGUAAUUACCUCCCUCUAACAUCCCCACAACGCCAAGUCUAUAGGGAGCGGGAGAUGAGCUUUAGAUAAUUACCAAGUUUUCUUAAUUUUUUUCGUUUUAUACUGAAAUAUCGAGUUUAGAAUCGUUAAAUUACUCGAUAAAGUAUAAAAAUAGAAUAUAAUAUAUAAAUAAUUUUAUAAAGAUUAAAAACGGCGUUGAAGAAGAAAAGUUACUUUUUUAAUUUAUUCAACUUUAUUAUUUAUUAUCAACAACAUACUUUUUUUGAGUUUUUUGACUAUAUCCCGUGUAUAAGAUCAUUUCAUUUGGUUAAUUACAGUUUAAAAAAUUCUAAUUUUCAUUAUUUUAAGUCAUAAAAUGCCACUAUCCAUAAAAAUUUGAAUUUCUAUCAGUUUUUCUUCUAGUAUAACAUAAAUUAAUAAAAAAAUAAUUCGAAUAAAAAAAUCCACUUUUGAUAUGUUUCAAUAAAAAACCACCAAAAUAUAAUUUUUUCUUCUAUUAUUUAUUAUAUUUUCACAUUACCUCGCAUAAACUUUCAGUUCAAUGCUUGAUUAUAUAUUUUUCAUCAACCUUUUUCUAUUUACAUUGUGUCGAACAUUUUUUGUUUGGAAAAUAAAAAUUCAAUCAUCCGUAAAAUAAUAAUUUGAAUCAAACAGCACAAUGGACCUCAUCAACUGCUUUUCUCCAACUCCUUUUGUUCUCUACCUUCUGUAAGUCUUCCAUAUACUACAUGGACGUCUUCUUAUUCUUUUCGCGCCUUCUCCACUUUUAAAAUUCCUUUCUUCCAUUCUGGAUAUACACCCCAACCAACGCAGCAUUUUUGCCCUCACCCUGCUCGACCAUAUAACCUUUUAAUCUCAGCAUUCGUUGUUCUUCUUCUUAUUUAUUUUUUUUUGUUGAAAAGGAGCUUCUUAAAAUCCUUAUGAUGUUUUGUCCUUACGGAUUUGAGAUAUCGGAGGGGGUUAAAAUUAUUUUUUUAUUUGCAAUUUUCUUUCCUCUAUUCUCAUUAGUUUUGUUGAUUGCGUCUAUUCAAGUCUUUAUCUACUUUUUUUUCUUAUAUAUCCCUUUUCACAUGUUCCAUUCGAAUGGGGAAAUAAAAUUUUAUUUUUUUUUAAAAUGCGGGUACGUAUGGUCAAGAAAAUUAAAAAUUGUUAUACAUAUAUAUAUAUAUA